UUGACUUUGCUUUUAAAUAUUUUAAUUUGUAAUAAGAAAAAAACAGUGAAAUAUAGUUUAUAUUGAAACUCAACUUGAGGACUCGCUGCUCUCUAUGGAGCGUGAGCAGCAUUUGUGAGUGUCGUCAAGGUCGGUCAGCUGGUUUUAGGACAAUCGUAAUAGAACAAGUGGUGUGGAGGCUAAGAACGUGAACGAGAACGAAAACAACAAUUGCAGCAGCUGCUGCAUUUGACGGCAGGCCAAACAGAUUAUUCUUCUCAGAGAUCCCAGAUCCAGAUAACGAUUCACUCCAUUUGAGACCGAAAGAAAGAGCAAGAUGCGUUCCCGUAGCAAUUCCGGCGUCCGUCUGGACUACUAUCAGCGGAUUGUGCAUCGCUUAAUAUUGGCGCACCAGGAGCCGGUAACUGGCCUAUUUCCAGCUUCGAAUGUUAAUUCACAUGCCUGGAUCCGAGACAAUGUCUAUUGCAUCUUGGCUGUUUGGGGCCUUUCGAUGGCCUAUAAAAAGAUUGCCGAUCAGGACGAAGAUCGCGCCAAAUGCUAUGAGCUCGAACAGAGCUGUGUCAAGCUUAUGCGGGGCCUUCUGAUGGCAAUGAUGAACCAAAAGGACAAAGUUGAGAAAUUCAAGAUGACCCAAAGUCCCUACGAUUCUCUGCAUGCUAAGUAUUCAAGCAAAAAUGGCUUGCCAGUAGUCGGAGACAGAGAAUGGGGCCAUCUACAGAUCGAUGCCGUGUCCCUGUAUCUACUAAUUCUUGCCCAGAUGACGGCAUCUGGACUGCAAAUUGUUUUCUCACUGGAUGAAGUGUCAUUCAUACAAAAUUUGGUAUUCUAUAUAGAAUCAGCUUACUCUAUACCCGAUUAUGGUAUUUGGGAGCGUGGCGACAAGACAAAUCAUGGUGAGCCUGAGCUGAAUGCCAGCUCCAUUGGCAUGGCAAAGGCAGCUUUGGAGGCAAUGAAUGAAUUGGAUUUAUUUGGAGCCCGUGGCGGUCCGGCCAGUGUUAUCCAUGUGCUGGCAGAUGAGGCCCACAAAUGUCAGGCUGUGCUUCAAUCAAUGUUGCCGCGUGAGUCGAACAGCAAGGAAUUGGAUUCUGGUCUCCUGUGUGUCAUUGGCUUCCCUGCAUUUGCUGUGGACGAUGCCCAGCUAAUUCACAACACCAAGGAUGCCAUUCUCUGCCGCCUGCAGGGAAAAUAUGGUUGUAAACGUUUUCUACGCGAUGGCUAUCGCACCCCUAAAGAGGAUCCCUCUCGCCUCUACUAUGAACGCUGGGAAUUACGAAUGUUUGAGAAUAUCGAGUGCGAAUGGCCACUUUUCUAUUGCUACCUGAUCCUCUUUCAUGCCUUCCAAAACGAUAAACGUUCAGUUCAGGAGUAUGCUGAUCGUCUCGAAAAGAUAAUGGUUCGAUCGGAAGAUGGUAUAUUGCUUGUUCCAGAGAGUUAUGCUGUGCCGCAGGAUCUGGUGGGAUUUGAAUACCAAAAACCUGGCUCUCAAGCCAGAGAAGUUGUUGGACGUUGUCCCUUUUUGUGGGGUCAAUCCCUCUUUAUAUUGGGCAGACUUUUGCAAGAAGGCUUCUUGGCCGUUGGUGAAUUGGAUCCCCUGAAUCGUCGUCUGGGUGCUCAAAAGAAACCGGAUGUUGUUGUCCAGGUUGUAAUUAUAGCCGAGGACAAUGAGAUUCGUGACAAAUUAGCCGAACAUGAUUUGCAUGUUCAGACAAUUGCUGAAGUUGCUCCCAUCGAGGUACAACCAGCCCGAGUGCUAAGUCAUUUGUAUACCUAUUUGGGUAGGAAUCGCAAGUUGGGCUUAAGUGGACGCAAAUCCCGGGAUGUGGGCAUCUUGAGUACCAGUAAAUUGUAUUCGCUCAAGGAUCGUAUUUUUGCCUUUACCCCGCAGCAUAUCGACUAUGAAGAAUACUACACAACACGUGAUCCCGAUUUGCUUGCUAGCAAUUUUACAACAAAUUUAGCAUUCUUGACCAACAAUUGGCGUCAUAUGUUGGGCAGGCCGACAAUCACAUUAAUGGCUACGCAUUAUAUGCUAGAUCAAGAUCGUAUACCAUUGGCCAUGAUACAAACGAUGAGAAAACUAAAAUCUGGCUAUAUCAAUGGAACACGUGUCAUGUUGGGCAAUUUAAAGGACUUUCUGAAUACCUCAGCCAUUACGGAUUUGAGUUUUCUGGGCAGCACCGAGGAUGGCUAUCCAGAUCGUUUGCAUCCCGAUGUCCAGACCUAUCUCGAUGAGCAUCUAUUGCGUUCGUUUAGUAAUCGCAAUACAAUGAAUUUACGUGGUGGCCAAUUGCGUCCACGUACUCUGCGACGUCGUAUGUCAUGCAAGGGAGCCAUCAAGAAGACCCGUUCCAUAAAUGUUGAUUCUGAUAAUCUGGGCAUGGAGGGUCCCUCCCCACUGACAGAACGUCGCUUAUCCUCCAUAGUUCCUCCACCUUGGCUGCAGGCCAAUAAACAGAACCAUGUCAGUGUUUUUGCCACCACACCAGAAGAGGGGCCCACCUCGCCACCACAAUUGGGCGGUGAAUUGAUACGUGAGAAUAUCUAUCCUGUGGAUCCGCAUCAUGGACGUUUGGCCGUCGACAGGCGCAGCGAAUUUGUGCGACAACAAGAGAUAACUGUGCCCAAAAUUCUAAUUCAACGCCAUCGUGCGGAAACAAAUUUCGCGGAAACAGAGGUCGAAGAGCUAAUCGCUAUGCUACGCGAAACAGAGAAUCUCGAGGAGCAAGGCGAUAUUCUACAAUUUUUGGUCGAUACACAAGGAUUGGAUUUCAAUACAGCUGGCCUGGGUUUUAAGCAUAAAAGCGGCGACAAUGAUAAUAAUAAUGCUGCUGUGGAACUCGAGCAAACAUUUCUGGAUGAAGUUGUGCUCGAACUGGCUGGUGGUGGGACGUGUGGUGGUGGUGGUAGUGGUGCUGCUGGUGCUUCAUCCUCAUCUACGUCGCCUACAUCUUCUGCUUCUGCUGUCAUGCCCAAAGUGAUUAUCGAUGCCGCCUCCUCACCCACAACAGCCACAGCUAACGAUGAGAAUGAGAAGAAUAACAAAGUGACCGCCGCCACCGCCACCAAUUCUGCCACCGCUAGCAACAAUAAUCAGAACAACACAAGCUCGAAUAACAACAACGAUUCUUCUCAAUCUGAAGGCAUGCUAGAGGAGGGACGUGUCGUCACCGUACGGGAUCUUCUGAAGGGUCUCUAUGAGAAAGCCUGCCAGCAGAAGCUAUGGGGCUUGGUCCGCCAUACAGCUGGCAUGUUGGGCAAACGUGUCGAGGAUUUGGCCAAAGCGGUAACCGAUCUAUUGGUGCGCCAGAAGCAAGUAACUGUGGGAAUGCCGCCAAACAAUGAGCAUACAAUAACCGCUCCCCUGCCCGAGGGUGAGCUACGUCAGUUGAUACACGAUGCUUAUGGCGAUGAUGAGAGUACAGCCAUGUUGACACAAGAGUUAAUGGUCUAUCUGGCCAUGUUUAUACGGACCGAGCCGCAACUGUUUCAUGAGAUGUUACGCCUGCGUGUUGGCCUCAUCAUUCAGGUUAUGGCCAAGGAGCUGUCGCGUACCCUUAACUGUGACGGUGAGGCAGCAUCGGAACAUCUACUUAAUCUCUCGCCAUUCGAGAUGAAGAAUCUGCUCUAUCAUAUACUCAGCGGCAAAGAGUUUGCCGUCAGCAGCGUUGCUCGUGGCAAUCUUUCGAUUGUGAGUUGCAAAAGCAGUCGCGUUAGUAAGAAAAGCCAAAUUGGUCUGGGUGAUCCAGAGGGUGAGGAUGCUCUUAUAGCCACUAUUGAUGAUAGGCAAGGUCAGUGGUUGCGUCGACGUCGUCUCGAUGGUGCAUUGAAUCGAGUGCCCAGAGAUUUCUACUCACGCGUGUGGACGGUCUUGGAGAAAUGUCAGGGCUUGGCCAUCGAGGGACGUGUUUUGCAACAGAGCCUUACCCAGGAAAUGACGCCGGGUGAAUUAAAGUUUGCCCUAGAAGUGGAAACGGCCUUGAAUCAAAUACCACAGCCAGAGUAUCGUCAACUUGUGGUUGAGGCCCUAAUGGUUCUUACCCUGGUCACUGAGCACAAUAUGGUGCCAUCUUUGGGUGAUGUUAUCUAUGUGGAGCAUUUGGUGCACAAGGCCAACCAAUUAUUCCUCGAGGAUCAACGCAAGGUGCAAGGCGAUGCCACUCUAUGCUGUGCCAAGCUCAAGGACGGCAAGGAACAACAACAGGCGGCAUCUGGCAUGUUGCUCUGUGGUGGAGCUGCCUAUAUAUGUCAGCAUCUGUACGAUAGUGCUCCCAGCGGCAGCUAUGGCACCAUGACCUACAUGUCCCGUGCUGUAGCCCAUGUACUCGACUGUGUGCCUAAGCAUGGUGAAAUGGAGUGUGCCAUUUCGUAAACUCUUCUUCGGCGCCUCACUUAAUCGUUACUGGAUACUUUCUCUCUUUAUCUCUCACACGCGCACAUACUCACUCAGUCUCUCUGUCCCUCUCUCGAUCGUAUGUCAGAGAAAUACCCCCCAAAACCCAUCCCCACCCCAUCUCCUCCUGUAUAUAUAUUUCUAUUUGUUUAUGACUUAAAUAUUUUUGUUUUAUUUAUGCAAUCUUGAUGGCCAAAAAAAAAAAACAAACUAAAAGAACAGACAAAGUUAAUUUCUAAUGUCUCUUAACAUAUACAUAUAUAUGUAUAUAUAUUAUCUCCCCAAAUCCUCCCCUAUAGUCUUCAAGAAUGUCAAAUUUCUGCUAUGUUUCGGCUAAUAAUUGUUUGUUUUAUUUUUAUUAUUAUUUUUUCUUAAUUUUUUUUAACGUUUUCAUUGUAAAGAAAGAGAAAUUAAUUGUAAAACAGAAUUUACAAUAAAGAAUUGUUUUUUUUUUUUGCAGUGUUGAAACCAAAACCGAACCAUUUGGUAUUAAAUAAAUUAAUACUUUACCGUUACGAGAAAAUAAAAAAAAAAAAAAAACAUAAAAAUAGCAACAAUAUUAACUUUAAGAAUUUUGAGAUUUUAGUUAAAAAAGAAAAUAUUCAAAUAUAUAUAUUAAAAUUAUUAACACAA